AUGGGCUGUAUAUUGUUUUUUAUUCAACCAAAACGAAAUGAAGUCAAGCAUGAUAACAUUUCCUCCCCUGGGAUUUCAGACCAAGAAAAAGAAAUAGCUGCAAAUGCGUUGGAGGCGUUUACGGUAACAUCACUUUUAUUUGCCAUCAGCAGUGUUUUCUGCAAAUUGUGCAAUCCUAGGGAGUUGGCCAACUUGGCAACAACUCCGUCUGUCAAACCUAUCUGAUUUACAAUAUUUGUUUACAUUUGUUGAUGCUACUAUUCAUGAGUUUUUUUGUUACAUUUGUUGAUUUUAAUUUGUUUACUCACAGGCCGGAAACUAUGAUGAAUCUUUGAAACACCUUGGGAAGCUGCAAGAGUUGAACAAGGAGGACUACAAGAUUGCUUUGAAUAAAGCAAUAGCUGAAUUCUACAAGAGUGGCCAAACCACCACAUGUACCCUGAAACAGACCCUCAUUGCAAUGAAAAACCAGGUGACUAUCGUUAAAACCUUUUAUAUCCAGUUCUCUCAAUGACAUGCCAAAUAAAUGUUUAAUAUAGUGUAGUAUCAUUGAUUCAUGUUUUAAAUGUCUUGAUUCUUGAUCAAUAUAUUCACAGAUGCACAGAAUAGUUCAACCAUUAAGUUGGCUGAUCCUUAACCAUUCAUGCAUUUUUGUCUAACCAUUCAUGCAUUUUUGUCUAUCAAGGUGCACACUUCAAUGGAGGACAUUGAUGGUUUGGAUGACGUAGAGAACAGUCUGCUCUACUACAAUCAAGCUAUCAUUCACUACCACAUGAGACAGUACUCCGAAGCUAUCGCUAUUGGAGAGAAGCUGUACCAGUUUCUGGAGCCAUUUGGUAGGUUUUGGUGAUUUAUAUGGAAAUUCAUAUGUCAGAGAACACAAACACUGAAAUAUAGUGCAUGAUUACACAGUACACACACAGUCACACGCACACGCUUAGUCACAGCAACUGGUAAUGUUCCUGAUGAAUCGGCCUGUGCAUCCCAUCAGUAUAGCAUGGCUUGAUGGUGUUAUUUGUCCUAGAAGAGAAGUUUGCUCUGGCGGUCUGCUUCUUGCUGGUGGAUCUGUACCUGCUAACGUACCAGCCAGAGAAGGCCCUCCAUCUCCUUGCUGUGCUGGAGAAACUGUCUGUACAGGGAAACAACAAGAACGGCAAAGGGGAGGUAUGUGUCCGGUCACGUUUGUGACUUUGACCCAUGAUGUUUAUGUUACUGUGCUCAUGUAUGUUGAAUGUUAUUUUCCACCUCUUAGAGAAAUGACUGUUCUGCCUAAGUCCAUAUGUUCUUAUUAUUAUUAGUGGCACCUGUAAUGUUGUGAGAUAUUAAGGUUCUUGUGCAAAGAUGUGCCGCUGCGUGUGUACUUACAUUAAGGGUGUCUGUCAUGUCCAGGUAAUAUUUCAGGCACAGUGCAAGUUCUACAUUCACAGGGACCCGGUAGUGGAGGCAGCAGACCUCAUUCAGGAUAAUCUCAGGGAGAUUACUGGAGGACAGGUUACUAAAAUACACUUCAGGCGCUUACACACUGACACAACAUUGACCAACAAACACAGAAUUGGAUAGAUGUGACUUGGCGGUUGUUGGCAAAUGUUGGAGCGUUGGGUCAGUGUGAAGGUGCCUUUAGAACCAAAUACAACACACUCCUACUCUGGAUGGCCACGGCAUUUUUACACUAGGUCUGCCAAAAUAAACAUCUUACUGAGGUUAUGCAGUUACACUAGUUACAUCUGAGUGCAGGCUAUUUUACUAAUGGUUUUACAUUUCAAUUAUAAUGAGAUGAGAAGACAUUUUAUAUUUUCUGAAUGCAAUGUGGUCAUUUUCUAAUGUCUGUGUCUGUCUUGAAAUUGCAGAGUGCCAACAGCACAAACAAAGAUGGUCGGAACCAGAAGGCAGAGUUCAUCGGCAUGAUCGAAGCGGCAAAAUCCAAAAUGCACCAGGUACAUUUAACACCAAUCCUUUUCCUGAGGUGGAGGAAAUGAAGACAGGAAAGCAACUUUUGUAUUGCUGCUUUUGUUUCACACUUUUGUCGUUCUUCUCGUCCACAGUACAAAGUGCGAGCGUACAUUCAGAUGAAGUCAUCAAAGGCGUGCAAAAGGGAGAUCAAGUCUGUGAUGAACACAGCAGGGAAUGUGAGUCAUGAUGUUUACGUUGCUAAAUCGAUUACUAAACUAGCCUGGUUCCAGGUCUGUUUGUGCUGUCUUGCCAACUCCUAUGGUCAACGGCUUGACAAUGACCAUAGAAGUUGUCAAGACGGCACAACACGAUCUGGAAACCAGGCUAUUGAACUGCCUUACUAAACCUGCUCUCUCCCAAACAGCCCCUUCCUACCUUUCCCUGGUUCAGUUGAAUGCACUGAUUGUAAGUUGUUUUGGAUGAGAGCAUCUGCUAAAUGACUAGAAUGUCAAUGUUUCCAUUCCAACCUGUGUUUCCUUCAUCUCCCACUAGUCUGCGCCCUCACUCUUCCUCAAGAGUAACUUUGAGUACCUGAGAGGAAACUACCGCAAAGCAGUGAAGCUCUUAAACAGCUCCAACAUCGCAGAGCACCCAGGGGCCAUCAAAACAGGUAUGUUUAGACCCCUUUUACACAACUUAGAACUGACCUGUACUGAGCUGUGCUUACCUGGUUACACUUCCACCAUAGUUGUUGGACCAUGCUGGAAAGGACAAUGUCAAAGUAUAUAUCCGAGCCAGGACUGUAUGGAUCGGGUCAGCUAUAUAGUAUGGAAAGGGUAUCAGAAAGACUGUCCUGUCAGUGACAGAGCACCAUUGAGCAUUACAUAUAUGAAAGUUAACUUCCACUAAACGUUCUGACUUGUUUGUUUCUUCCAUCAGGUGAAUGUGUGCGCUGUAUGUUCUGGAACAAUCUGGGUUGCAUACACUUUGCCAUGGGGAAACACAACCUAGGUAUCUUCUACUUCAAAAAGGCCCUGCAGGAGAACGACCACACGUGUGCACAGCUGGGUGACGGUGGGGCAACGGGUAACGGGCAAUGUGAGUCAAUAGAAACUGGGUUUAAUGCUAUUGAUCGCAACAGGACAGUUUCCCGAACACAGAUUAAGCCUAGUCUUGGACUUAAAAGUAUGUUCAAUGCAAAUUCUCCAUCAAAAGUGUAUUUUAGUGCAGGACUAGUUUAAUCUGUGUCCUGGAAACUGGUCUUACAUGUUUCUCUCGUAAUUGUACACUGACUAGCUCUGUUGUACACUGACUAGCUCUGUUGUACACUGACUAGCUCUGUUGUACACUGACUAGCUCUGUUGUACACUGACUAGCUCUGUUGUUCACUGACUAGCUCUGUUGUACACUGACUAGCUCUGUUGUUCACUGACUAGCUCUGUUGUACACUGACUAGCUCUGUUGUACACUGACUAGCUCUGUUGUUCACUGACUAGCUCUGUUGUACACUGACUAGCUCUGUUGUUCACUGACUAGCUCUGUUGUACACUGACUAGCUCUGUUGUCUCUCUGUCCUUCCAGCUAAGCAGUUCUCGGGCAUCCCCAUGUGCGCGCUGCUAGCCAACAAGCGUUAUGAGCUGCUGUAUAACUGUGGGAUCCAGCUGCUGCACAUCGGCCGGCCCCUGGCGGCCUUCGAGUGUCUGAUGGAGGCUGUGCAGGUGUACCACUCUAACCCUCGCCUCUGGUUACGGCUGGCUGAGUGCUGCAUCGCUGCCAACAAGGGCGUGAGUUGUGAUAAAACACACACAAACUCACGCUCACACAUACACACGUUUUCUUACAGUGAAAUAUAACGUACCAACAUUCAAAUUUGGCAUUUUGUUAUUUUUCAGAGCUUAGAACAGGAGAACAAGGGUCUUCCCAGUAAAAAGGGUAUCGUUCAGGCCAUCGUUGGGCAGGGCUACCAUCGCAAGAUCAUCCUGGCGUCGCAGUCCUCCCAGAACACAAUCUACAGGUCCGUUUUCCCUUUUCCCCAUGGACCUAACCAGUACUGUCCAGGAGAUGGCGUUAAAACAUUUGUUUACAUGGUAGUGUUUGCUGAAAUCAAUAGGGGCUAGCUCGCUGAAAUUAGAGGGUACUCUGAGACAACUCAAGAUGUUGAUCAUUACUAUAUCUCCAUUAACUUCAUGGUUGACUCUUUCCUCCCCUAAAUGUGGGUGUGUAGUGAUGGGCAGUCUGCAGCCAUUCCGGUGGCCAGUAUGGAGUUUGCAGCUAUCUGUCUGAGGAACGGUCUGGUCCUCCUCCCUGAUCACCAGCAGCAGGAGACCAAGGCAGAGAACGGCUCCAAGACACCCAGCCAGUCAGGCAGCACAGAGAGUGGCUCAGAGAACAGCGACGCCUGCAGGUCAGUGUCUCAUCUCACCUUGAGAUUGGCUUGAUGCUGAAACAUGUCUUGUCAAAUCUUCCAAAUCUAUUUUUGUAGAGCACUGUGGUCAUUAAGGGAUAGACUAUUAACAAGGAUUCAGCUCUCCAUGGCCUCAGAUAGAAGAAUAACUUUGCAGGGAGUAUGUUGCUUUCCAUUUCCCUGAUUUUCUCUUUGUUGGUUUGACAGUGGGAAGGGUCAAGAAGGGGACAAGUUCCUUUCUGCAGCACCAUCUUCACCUCUGAGGAAACAGGAGGUUGAAAACCUCAGGUAACAAACACCUCUCUACCUUUCUGUCUCCCUCCGUCUCCCCCAGUCAAUUCAUUCUCCUCUCCCUCCUUCCUAUGCCUCUCAGGACUCAUAUCACUCUCCCCCUCCUCUCCCUCCUUCCUAUGCCUCUCAGGACUCAUAUCUCUCCUCCUCCUCUCCCUCCUUCCUAUGCCUCUCAGGACUCAUACAGUGGGGAAAAAAAGUAUUUAGUCAGCCACCAAUUGUGCAAGUUCUCCCACUUAAAAAGAUGAGAGGCCUGUAAUUUUCAUCAUAGGUACACAUCAACUAUGACAGACAAAUUGAGAUUUUUUUUCUCCAGAAAAUCACAUUGUAGGAUUUUUUAUGAAUUUAUUUGCAAAUUAUGGUGGAAAAUAAGUAUUUGGUCACCUACGAACAAGCAAGAUUUCUGGCUCUCACAGACCUGUAACUUCUUCUUUAAGAGGCUCCUCUGUCCUCCACUCGUUACCUGUAUUAAUGGCACCUGUUUGAACUUGUUAUCAGUAUAAAAGACACCUAUCCACAACCUCAAACAGUCACACUCCAAACUCCACUAUGGCCAAGACCAAAGAGCUGUCAAAGGACACCAGAAACAAAAUUGUAGACCUGCACCAGGCUGGGAAGACUGAAUCUGCAAUGGGUAAGCAGCUUGGUUUGAAUAAAUCAACUGUGGGAGCAAUUAUUAGGAAAUGGAAGACAUACAAGACCACUGAUAAUCUCCCUCGAUCUGGGGAUCCACGCAAGAUCUCACCCCGUGGGGUCAAAAUGAUCACAAGAACGGUGAGCAAAAAUCCCAGAACCACACGGGGGGACCUAGUGAAUGACCUGCAGAGAGCUGGGACCAAAGUAACAAAGCCUAUCAUCAGUAACACACUACGCCGCCAGGGACUCAAAUCCUGCAGUGCCAGACGUGUCCCCCUGCUUAAGCCAGUACAUGUCCAGGCCCGUCUGAAGUUUGCUAGAUUGCAUUUGGAUGAUCCAGAAGAGGAUUGGGAGAAUGUCAUAUGGUCAGAUGAAACCAAAAUACAACUUUUUGGUAAAAACUCAACUCGUCGUGUUUGGAGGACAAAUAAUGCUGAGUUGCAUCCAAAGAACACCAUACCUACUGUGAAGCAUGGGGGUGGAAACAUCAUGCUUUGAGGCUGUUUUUCUGCAAAGGGACCAGGACGACUGAUCCGUGUAAAGGAAAGAAUGAAUGGGGCCAUGUAUCGUGAGAUUUUGAGUGAAAACCUCCUUCCGUCAGCAAGGGCAUUGAAGAUGAAACUUGGCUGGGUCUUUCAGCAUGACAAUGAUCCCAAACACACCGCCCGGGCAACGAAGGAGUGGCUUCGUAAGAAGCAUUUCAAAGUCCUGGAGUGGACUAGCCAGUCUCCAGAUCUCAACCUCAUAGAAAAUCUUUGGAGGGAGUUGAAAGUCCGUGUUGCCCAGCGACAGCCCCAAAACAUCACUGCUCUAGAGGAGAUCUGCAUGGAGGAAUGGGCCAAAAUACCAGCAAAAGUGUGUGAAAACCUUGUGAAGACUUACAGAAAACGUUUGACCUGUGUCAUUGCCAACAAAGGGUAUAUAACAAAGUAUUGAGAAACUUUUGUUAUUGACCAAAUACUUAUUUUCCACCAUAAUUUGCAAAUAAAUUCAUUAAAAAUCCUACAAUGUGAUCUUCUGGAUUUUUCUUUCUCAUUUUGUCUGUCAUAGUUGACGUGUACCUAUGAUGAAAAUUACAGGCCUCUCUCAUCUUUUUAAGUGGGAGAACUUGCACAAUUGGUGGCUGACUAAAUACUUUUUUUCCCCACUGUAUAUCACUCUCCUCCUCCUUCUCCUCUCCCUCCUUCCUAUGCCUCUCAGGACUCAUAUAUCACUCUGCUCCUCCUCUCCCUCCUUCCUAUGCCUCUCAGGAUUCAUAUAUCACUCUCCCCCUCCUCUCCCUCCUUCCUAUGCCUCUCAGGAUUCAUAUCACUCUCCUCCUCCUCUCCCUCCUUCCUAUGCCUCUCAGGACUCAUAUCACUCUCCUCCUCCUCUCCCUCCUUCCUAUGCCUCUCAGGACUCAUAUAUCACUCUCCUCCUCUCCCUCCUUCCUAUGCCUCUCAGGACUCAUAUAUCACUCUCCCCCUCCUCUCCCUCCUUCCUAUGCCUCUCAGGACUCAUAUAUCACUCUCCUCCUCCUCUCCCUCCUUCCUAUGCCUCUCAGGACUCAUAUAUCACUCUCCUCCCCCUCCUUCCUAUGCCUCUCAGGACUCAUAUAUCACUCUCCCCCUCCUCUCCCUCCUUCCUAUGCCUCUCAGGACUCAUAUAUCACUCUCCUCCUCCUCGCCCUCCUUCCUAUGCCUCUCAGGACUCAUAAAUCACUCUCCUCCUCCCCCUCCUCUCCCUCCUUCCUAUGCCUCUCAGGACUCAUAUAUCACUCUCCUCCUCCUCUCCCUCCUUCCUAUGCCUCUCAGGACUCAUAUAUCACUCUCCUCCCUCCUCUCCCUCCUUCCUAUGCCUCUAAGGACUCAUAUAUCACUCUCCUCCUCCUCUCCCUCCUUCCUAUGCCUCUCAGGACUCAUAUAUCACUCUCCUCCUCCUCCUCGCCCUCCUUCCUAUGCCUCAGACUAAUCACUCCUCCUCCUCGCCUCUUACCCAGGACUCAUAUAACUCUCCUCCCUCCCUCCUUCUAUGCCUCUCAGACUCAUAUCACUCUCCUCCUCUCCUCCUCUCCCUCCUUCCUAUGCCUCAGGAUCAUAUAUCACUCUCCCUCCUCCUCCCCUCCUUCCUAUGCCUCUCAGGACUCAUAUAUCACUCUCCUCCUCUCCUCCUUCAUGCCUCUCAGGACUCUAAUCCCUCUCCUUCCUCUCCUCUCCUCCUCUAUGCCUCUCAGACUAUAUCACUCUCUCUCUCCUCCUCCUUCUAUCCUCUAGAUCUAUUCACUCUCCUCCUCUCCUCCUUUAUGCCUCUCAGGACUCAUAUAUCACCUCCUUCCUCUCCUCUCCCUCCUUCCUAUGCCUUCUCAGGACUCAUAUCACCUCCUCCUCUCCUCCUCUCCCUCCUUUCCUAUGCCUUCAGGAUCAUAUAUCACUCUCUUCCUCCUCUUCUCCUCCCCUCCUUCCUAUGCCUCUCAGACUCAUAUAUACACUCUCCCUCCUUCUCCUCUCCCUCCUUCUAUGCCUCUCAGGACUCAUAUAUCACUCUCCUCCUCCUCUCCCUCCUUCUAUGCCUCUCAGGACUCAUAUAUCACUCUCCUCCUCCUCUCCCUCCUUCCUAUGCCUCUACAGGACUCAUAUAUCACUCUCCCUCCUCUCCUCUCCCUCCUUCCUAUGCCUCUCAGGACUCAUAUAUCACUCCUCCUUCCUCCCCUCCUUCCUAUGCCUUUCAGGACUCAUAUAUCACUCUCCUCCUCCUUCUCUCUCCCUCCUUCCUAUGCCUCUUUAGGACUCAUUUUAUCACUCUCCUCCUUCUCCUCUCCCUCCUUCCUAUGCCCUCAGGACUCAAUAUCACUCUCCUCCUCCUCCUCUCCCUCCUUCCUAUGCCUCUCAGACUCAUACUAUCACUCUCCCUCCUCUCCCUCCUUCCUAGCCUCUAGGACUCAUAUAUCACUCUCCCCCUCCCUCUCCCUCCUUCCUAUGCUCUCAGGACUCAUAUCACUCUCCUCCUUCGCCUCCUCCCCCUCCUUCCUAUGCCUCUCAGACUCUAAUCACUCUCCUCCCUCUUCCUAUGCCUCUCAGGACUCGUAUUCCUCUCCUCCUCCUCUCCCUCCUUCCUAUGCCUCCCAGGACUCAUAUAUCACUCUCCUCCUUCUCCUCUCCCUCCUUCCUAUGCCUCUCAGGACUCAUAUAUCACUCUCCUUCUCCUCUCCCUCCUUCCUAUGCCUCUCAGGACUCAUAUAUCACUCUCCCCUCCUCUCCCUCCUUCCUAUGCCUCUCAGGACUCAUAUAUCACUCUCCUCCUCCUCCUCCUCGCCCUCCUUCCUAUGCCUUCAGGACUCAUAUAUCACUCUCCCCCUCCUCUCCCUCCUUCCUAUGCCUCUCAGGACUCAUAUAUCACUCUCCUCCUCUCCCUCCUUCCUAUGCCUCUCAGGAUUCAUAUAUCACUCUCUUCCUCCUCCUCCCCCUCGCCCUCCGUUCCUAUGCCUCUCAGACUCGUAUCAUCACUCUCCCCCUCCUCUCCUCCUUCCCGUGCCUCUCAGGACUCAUAUAUCACCUCUCCCCCCUCCUUCCUAUGCCUCUCAGGACUCAUAUAUCACUCUCUCUCCUCCUCUCCCUCCUUCCUAUGCCUCUCAGGACUCAUAUAUCACUCCUCCCCCUCCUCUCCCUCCUUCCCAUUCCUCUCAGGACUCAUAUAUCACUCUCUCCCUCCUCUCCCCUUCCUAUGCCUCUCAGAUUCAUAUUCCUCUCCUCCUCCUCCUCCCUCCUUCCUAUGCUUCUCAGGACCAUAUAUCUCUCCUCCUUCCUCCUCCUCCUUCCUCCUCAUGCCUUUCAUGACUCCUAUCAUACUCCUCCCUCCUCCUUCCCUCGCUCCUUCUAUCUCCUCUCCUCCCCUCCUCUCCUCUCAGGAUCAUAUCCAUCCCUCCUCCCCUCCUCUUUCUCCUCCUCAUGACCUCUACAUCCCUCUCCUCUCCAUAGCCUCUCAGACUUCAAUCCUCUCCCCUCCUCUCCCUCCUUCCUAAUGCCUCUCAGGACUCAUAUAUCACUCCUCCCUCCUCCCCUCUCCCUCCUUCCUCUUCACUUCCUCCUAGCCCUCUCAUUCCAUCCUUCCACUCCUCCCCCCUCCUUCCUAUCUUCUCAGGACUCAAUAUCACUCACUCCCCUCCUUCUCCUCCUCCUUCUAUGCCUUCAGGACUCAUUAUCUCCUCCUCUCCUCCUCCUCCUCUCCCUCCUCCUAUCCUCUCACGGCUCCCCUAUCUCAUUCCUAUCCUCCUUCCCUCUCCCUCCCUUCCUAUGCCUCUCCGCUCAUAUCCUCUAACUAUUCACCUCCCCUCCUUCCUAUCCCUCGUCUAAUCUCCCCUCCUCCCCUCUUCCUUCCUAUCCCCCUCCUCCUUCCCUUCCCCCCUUUCCUACCUCAUUAUAUCACUCCCUCCUCCCCCUCCCCUCCUCCUUGGACUCAUUAUCCCUCCCCCCCUCCUCUCAUCCUAUCCCUCCCCUCCUCCUCUCCUCCUCCUCCCCCUCACCUUCCUAUCCUCUCCAGGCCUCAUCCUAUCACUCCCUCUCCUCCUCUCCCUCCUUCAUUCCCUCCUCCAGGCCUCCGAUCAUAUAUCACUCUCCUCUCCUCUCACUCUCCUUCCUCCCUCCCCAGGACUCAUUAUCACUCUCCUCCUCUCCUCUCCCCCCUCCUCCCCUUGCCUCUCAGGACUCAUAUAUCACCUCCUCCCCUCCCUCUCCUCCUCCGACCCCAUAUCCUCUCACCUCUCCUCCUUCCUCCUCUCGACUCAUUCCCUCCUCCCCUCUCCUCUCCUCCUCAGGACUCAUAUAGCCUCUCUCCCUCCUCUCCUCCCCUCCUAUGCUCUCCGGACUCUAUAUCACUCUCCUCCCUCCUCCCCUCCUUCCCUAUGCCUCCAGGUCUUACCCUCUCCUCCUCCUCCCUCCUUCUCCUCUCAGGUCCAUAAUCACUCUCUUCCCCUCUCCCCCUCCCCCUCCUCUCCAUCAUACAUCACCUCCUCCCUUCCCUCCUCCCUUCCUCUCUUCCUCUCCUCUCCCUCUUCCUUCCUUCACUCUAUAUCUACCUCCCCCUCCUGCUCCUACUCCUCCCUCCUCCUCCUCCCUCUCUAUCACUCCCCUCUCCUUCCUCCUCCCCCUUCCUCUGCCUCUUCCAGCUCUAUCCUCUUCCUCCUCUCUCCCCUCCUCCUUCCUAUGCCUCUCAGGACUCAAUAUCACUCUCCCCUCCUCUCCCUCCUUCCUUUCAGGACUCAUAUAUCACUCUCCUCCUCCUUCUCCUCUCCCUCCUUCCUAUGCCUCUCAGGACUCCAUAUCACUCUCCUCCUCCUCUCCCUCCUUCCUGUGCCUCUCAGGACUCAUAUAUCACUCUCCUCCCCCUCCUUCCUAUGCCUCUCAGGACUCAUAUAUCACUCUCCUCCUCCUUCUCAUCUCCCUCCUUCCUAUGCCUCUCAGGACUCAUAUCACUCUCCUCCUCCUUCUCCUCUCCCUCCUUCCUAUGCCUAUCAGGACUCAUAUAUCACUCUCCUCCUCCUUCUCAUCUCCCUCCUUCCUAUGCCUCUCAGGACUCAUAUCACUCUCCUCCUCCUUCUCCUCCUCUCCCUCCUUCCUAUGCCUCUCAGGACUCAUAUAUCACUCUCCUCCUCCUUCUCCUCUCCCUCCUUCCUAUGCCUCUCAGGACUCAUAUAUCACUCUCCUCCUCCUCUCCCUCCUUCCUAUGCCUCGCAGGACUCAUAUAUCACUCCUCCUUCUCCUCUCCCUCCUUCCUAUGCCUCUCAGGACUCAUAUCACUCUCCUCCUCUCCCUCCUUCCUAUGCCUUUCAGGACUCAUAUAUCACUCUCUCCCUCCUUCCUAUGCCUCUCAGGACUCAUAUAUCACUCUCCUCCUUCUCCUCCUCGCCCUCCUUCCUAUGCCUCUCAGGACUCAUAUAUCACUCUCCCCCUCCUCUCCCUCCUUCCUAUGCCUCUCAGGAUUCAUAUAUCACUCUCCUCCUCUCCCUCCUUCCUAUGCCUCUCAGGACUCAUAUAUCACUCUCCUCCUCCUCUCCCUCCUUCCUAUGCCUCUCAGGACUUAUAUAUCACUCCUUCUCCUCUCCCUCCUUCCUAUGCCUUUCAGGACUCAUAUAUCACCCUCCUCCUCCUUCUCCUCUCCCUCCUUCCUAUGCCUCUCAGGACUCAUAUAUCACUCUCCUCCUCCUUCUCCUCUCCCUCCUUCCUAUGCCUCUCAGGACUCAUAUAUCACUCUCCUCCUCCUUCUCCUCUCCCUCCUUCCUAUGCCUCUCAGGACUCAUAUAUCACUCUCCUCCUCCUUCUCAUCUCCCUCCUUCCUAUGCCUCUCAGGACUCAUAUCACUCUCCUCCUCCUUCUCCUCUCCUCUCCCUCCUUCCUAUGCCUAUCAGGACUCAUAUAUCACUCUCCUCCUCCUUCUCAUCUCCCUCCUUCCUAUGCCUCUCAGGACUCAUAUCACUCUCCUCCUCCUUCUCCUCCUCUCCCUCCUUCCUAUGCCUCUCAGGACUCAUAUAUCACUCUCCUCCUCCUUCUCAUCUCCCUCCUUCCUAUGCCUCUCAGGACUCAUAUCACUCUCCUCCUCCUUCUCCUCUCCCUCCUUCCUAUGCCUAUCAGGACUCAUAUAUCACUCUCCUCCUCCUUCUCAUCUCCCUCCUUCCUAUGCCUCUCAGGACUCAUAUCACUCUCCUUCUCCUCCUCUCCCUCCUUCCUAUGCCUCUCAGGACUCAUAUAUCACUCUCCUCCUCCUUCUCAUCUCCCUCCUUCCUAUGCCUCUCAGGACUCAUAUCACUCUCCUCCUCCUCUCCUCUCCUCCUCUAUAUUAGAUAAUCACUCUCCUCUCCCUCUCAAUCCUCAUGCAUAUCAGGACUCAUAUCCUCUCCCCCUCCUCCUCUCCUUCCUAUGCCUCUCAGGACUCAUAUCUCACCCUCCUCCUCCCUCCUUCCUUGCUCUCAGGACUCAUAUAUCACUUCCUCCUCCUUCUCAUCUCCCUCCUUCCUAUGCCUCUCAGGACUCAUAUAUCACUCUCCUCCUCCUCUCUUCUUUCUUUCUCCAUUUCUCUGUUGCCCUCUCUGGUCCUCCUGUGUUUCUCUUCUAUGGACUAAUUGGACAAAGCUUUCCCUCAUUCCUUUCACUUUUCGUUGGGAGAGUUCGGGAGGGGGUAGAGCUAUAGAGGAGGUGCUGAAUGAAGGGCUGACCCCACCGGGAAAGUUUACGGGUAUCCCGUCAACUACUCUGGUUUAUUUCCUGGAAUCUGAGUCUGUUCAGUUGUGGCCCAGCCAGCCAACCAGUGAGAGACCUGGGAGGGACACACCCACUACAGUCCAGACUCUCCCCGCCUGCACAUUUUUUUUCACUAACAAAAAUAAUUGAAUGAAUUGUUUAAUUAGUAUUAAUUUCAAUAUAUAAUUAAUUUCUCCCACAUCUGAAUGUUAUACAACCCACUAUGUUUCCCACUGCAUGGUUGAUGUGACCUGUCAUGUGUUGUCCUGUCUGGGCUGAAUGGGUAUUCCUGUGUGGUGUUGGCUCUCUAGGUGUUCCCUCCUGGCCUGCAGUGCCUACGUGGCCCUGGCGUUAGGAGACAACCUGAUGGCCCUGAACCAUGCAGAGAAGCUCCUUCACCAGACCAAGCUGUCUGGAUCACUCAAGUAAGGACUUCAUCACUCUCUCUAUCUCCAUUUCAAUGUAAGGGCUUUAUUGGCAUGGGAAACAUAUGUUAACGUUGCCAAAGCAAGUGAAAUAGAGAAUAAACAAAAGUGAAAUAAACAAUCAAAAUGAACAGUAAACAUUACACUCACAAAAGUUCAAAAAGAAUAGACAUUUAAAAUGUCAUAUUAUGGCUAUGUACAGUGUUAUAAUGAUGUGCAAAUAGUUAAAGUACAAAAGGGAAAAUAAAUAACCAUAAAUAUGGUUUAUUACAGAGUUUGUUCUUUACUGGUUGUCCUUUUCUUGUGGCAACAGGUCACACAUCUUGUUGCUGUGAUGGCACACUGGUAUUUCACUCAAUAGAUAUGGCUAUAUAUCCAGGCUCUGUCAUAGCCGGCCGCGACCGGGAGACCCAUGGGGCGGCGCACAAUUGGCCCAGCGUCGUCCAGGGUAGGGGAGGGAAUGGCCGGCAGGGAUGUAGAGCAUGGCGUUUGCAACGCCAGGGUUGUGGGUUCGAUUCCCACGGGGGGCCAGUAUGAAAAAUAAAAAAAUUAUGUAUGCACUCACUAACUGUAAGUCGCUCUGGAUAAGAGCGUCUGCUAAAUGACUAAAAUGUAAAUGUAAAUAUGGGAGUUUAUCAAAAUUAGCUUUGUUUUCAAAUUCUUUGUGGGUCUGUGUAAUCUGAGGGAAAUAUGUUUCUCUAAUAUGGUCAUACAUUUGGCAGGAGGUUAGGAUGUGCAGCUCAGUUUCCACCUCAUUUUGUGGGCAGUGUGCACAUAGCCUGUCUUCUCUUGACAGCCAGGUCUGCCUACGGCGGCCUUUCUCAAUAGCAAGGCUAUGCUCACUGAGUCUGUACAUAGUCAAAGCUUUCCUUAAGUUUGGGUCAGUCACAGUGGUCAGGUAUUCUGCCACUGUGUACUCUCUGUUUAGGGCCAAAUAGCAUUCCAGUUUGCGCAGUUUUUUAAAAAUUAUUUCCAAUAUGUCAAGUAAUUAUCUUUUUGUUUUCUCAUGAUUUGGUUGGGUCUAAUUGUGUUGCUGUCCUGGGGCUCUGUGGGGUCUGUUUGUGAACAGAGCCCCAGGACCAGCUAGCUUAGGGGACUCUUCUCCAGGUUAAUGUCUCUGUAGGUGAUGGCUUUGUUAUGGAAGGUUUGAGAAUCGCUUCCUUUUAGGUGGUUGUUGAAUUUAAUGGCUCUUUUCUGGAUUUUGAUAAUUAGCGGGUGACGGCCUAAUUCUGCUCUGUAUGCAUUAUUUGGUGUUUUACAUUGUACACGGAGGAUAUUUUUGCAGAAUACUGCAUGCAGUCUCAAUUUGGUGUUUGUCCCAUUUUGUGAAUCUCCCCCACUCUCCUCCUUUACCCUCCAUCAAGUCCCUCAAUAUCCCUCAAGUAAGGACUUCAUCCCUCCCUCCCUCUAUCCGUCCCCCCUCCCUCUCUCUAUCCAUCUCUCUGUCCAUCUCUCUCUCUCUCUGUCCAUCUCUCUCCCUCUCUCUAUCCAUCUCUCGCUCUCUCUCUAUCCAUCCCUCACUCCCCCUUUUCCCCCUAGCCUUUGAUUCCUCUCCCCCUUUUCCCCUUUCAUUCCUCACUCCCCCUUUUCCCCCUAGCCUUUCAUCCCCCCCCCCCCCCCCCAAAGCUUACGGCACGUAACAUGACACACCGUCUGGUAAUGGUAAUGUUGCCAUAGCAGACCUCUUGACUAUUCAGACUGCUUCAUGACUCAGAUGAUUUGAUGAAAGUAUCUGACCACAGACUUCCCAUCAGUCCCUCCUCCUUCCUUGGACUGCACUGCUGUCCUCCUCACCACAGAAUGUGGAGGGUUAUUGACAGACCAGGGGGGGGUUAUCCAGCAAGAUUCAAUGCAGUGUUUCUCUUACCAUUGUCUAUGCAGAACCCCCCCACCUUCUAUUUGUUUCAAUGGAUGAUUUUGGUGCCAGAGGGCCUGGAUAUAGCUUUGGAGGACUUUUGUUAAGUCAUCUAGGGGAAUGACUGAUGCAACAUUUACAAUGGAUACACGGUUGCGGCCAAAUAUAUUGGCACUUUUCUUAAAUAAUUCCCUAUUUUUUUCUAAAAUAAGUUGAAAUGUAAAUCAACUUUUGGUCACCACACCUUGUUACACCAUGUGCAUCCAUAACCUAUGGUGAGAUCUGAAAACAGCAGUUUGGUGGAUGGCACCCCUCACAUUAAAGAAUUAGAGAAGUUUGCUGCUGAAAAGUGGGCCAAAUAGUCAGUAGAAAGGUGUAGCAAGCUUAUUGAUGGCUACAAGAAGCAUUUGUCUGCAGUUAUCUUGGCUAAAGGUUGUGCAAGCAAGUUAUAGUUCCGGGGUGCCAAUCAUUUUGUCCAUGCCAUUUGUCUUUAUUUUAUCAAUUAAAAUUGUACAUUUAUCUUGGCUUAAGUUUACAAAACUAAAAUUGGAAUGUUGAAUGUUGAAAAUCCAAUAACAAAGUAUGGAAACCAACAUUAAAAAAAUAAAUAAGUAAACUUAUUUGAGAAUAGGGGAAUUAUUUAAGAAAAGUGCAGGGGUGCUAAUAUAUUUGGUCGCACCUGUACAUACCGUAAAACUCAGUCUCAAAUAGCCACCAGUCCCUUUUUAAUAGCCGGGCAACAGCAGACUUUAAAGCAAAUAAACUUUGAGAUUAGCAUGAAUUGUUUACGAGGUUUGAUUUGCAACAUUAAAUAAUUCAGUAAUAACGUGAAAAAAUUAUGGCAAUCAUCCAUUUUUAUCACCAGUAAGAAACUGUUACCCAUUGGCUGCUAACAAUUAAUAACUUCUAGCUAACUGGCAAGCACAAAAACAGUCAACAACUUCGGGAGUACAGAACACUAGAAAUCGUCUGAUCGCACCUCUAGUGGCGAAAGUAAGAACUGCUGAAAAUGCACAGUCAUAGUGGAGAAUAAUUGUCAAGGAAAAGAAGCCUGUCUCUAAGAAGCGCCUGUUGUGUUCAGUGAUUUAAGCAAAUGAACUCCCAGCCUAUCAAUUGAAGUUUGAAAUUAUAGUCUAGACAUAAUCCUAUAUGCUAUAUACUAUGUUCUGUAACGUCACAUCCCCAUGAACAAGCCCCAGUAGUAGUGAGUCAAUGGUUGAUCUGAUUCUAUGUGUUGGACCGUGCGUCCUCCCUGUCUCUCUCUCGCUCUCUGCUUCAGGUUCCUGGGCCACCUGUAUGCUGCAGAGGCCCUCAUAUCCCUAGACCGGAUCUCAGAGGCCAUCGCUCACCUCAACCCAGAGAACGUCACUGAUGUCUCCCUGGGGGUGUUGUCCAGCGAGCAGGACCAAGGUUAGUCCUCACACCCACCUCUCUAGUGCCAAUUGAAGGCUUUGCUGGAAAACCCAGCACCCCACCCAGUAUUCUGCCCUAACUGAAAUGAACUAUCUAUGUAACCACAUGAUGACUGGAUCAGAUCAGUGUCUGAUAGUGUGUUGGUGUUCACAGGGUCAGAUAAAGGGGAUCUGGAGCCUGUCGAGUCAUGUGAGUCUACACACACACACACACACACAACCCCACACACACUAUUUUCACUGAACACACUCCCUGCAGUCUCUGUAGAGACACCCCAUCUAAAGUAUGUAUGUGGUGACAUCCCGCAAUGGUUCAUCCCGCGAUGGUUCAUGGGAUGACAGUGUAUUGUGUGUCCAUACAGCAGGGAAGCUGACUCCUCUGACAGGGUUUAGUUGAUUAAUUAGACCAUAAAAAUAAAAAGCCAUACAUGUACAUGAGUAAAAUCAUGUUGUAUAACACAGUCUGGGACUUCUUUCCAUUGUGUUCCUCUUGAGACAAGAUGGCUGUGCAAGAUCCAACAGGGUUUCACAUGGUAUGACAGAGAGAUAAUACAACAUAAAAACAACGAAGAAGAAUAUCUGUCAUCAUUGCAGUUACAUCGUAAGGAACAUUCGUAUGGGCACAGAACACAUCAAACAGUUUUUAACUUUAUUUUUAAAGCUGUCCAGAGAGGCUGUGUUGUGUUCAUACAGCAGGGAAGCAGACGAGCUUGCAUCCCUCUUCCAAUAGCCUAUUAGUAUAAGAAAUGCUUGAAAUAAUGUCCAAGCUAUUCUAGUCUAGCCUUUUCUGGGACAGCAAAAGCCAAGGGGCGUGUUGAGCAAGAGACGGAGGCUAUACGUUAGAAGCUUAUGGAUAACCCAUCAUUCGUUAGUUAAAUGUAAAGCUAAUACUGCAUUGAAUUUAUUACCUGAAAGAGGUAAGCUAGGACAUCUAUAUCUCUGUCUGUGUAUAUAUAUACACACACACACACACACGUAUCUCAGUCUUGAACAGGAUUAGACCUAUCUAUUUUGGAUGGAAUUGAUAGACAGUGUGAGCAUGCUCGCGUGCACACUGAUUUUAAAGCAGCGAUAUUCGAGUGAUGGGCUGUUUUAAAACUCUGCAGCUACAUUUUAAAAAAAUGCAUCUUUACAAAGAAAAAGUAUGGUAACCCCCGAAAGCCAGAUGGAGAUGGGUAAAUUAGAUACGCAUUCGGUCUUUAUAUUACUGUAGCAUAGGCUAUGCUGUAGCAAAUGUAGUCCUACCUGUCACAAUAAGAAAACAUGAUGAGAUAAUACGUGCAUUGUGAACUGCGCUCCAUACUGAGAUGUGCUGUCAGUCAUCAUGCAGAUGGCUCCAUACUGAGAUGUGCUGUCAGUCAUCAUGCAGAUGGCUCCAUACUGAGAUGGGCUGUCUGUCAUCAUGCGGAUGGCUCCAUACUGAGAUGCGCUGUCUGUCAUCUUGCGGAUGGCUCCAUACUGAGAUGCGCUGUCUGUCAUCAUGCGGAUGGCUCCAUACUGAGAUGCGCUGUCUGUCAUCAUGCGGAUGGCUCCAUACUGAGAUGCGCUGUCUGUCAUCAUGCGGAUGGCUCCAUACUGAGAUGCGCUGUCUGUCAUCAUGCGGAUGGCUCCAUACUGAGAUGCGCUGUCUGUCAUCAUGCGGAUGGCUCCAUACUGAGAUGCGCUGUCUGUCUUCAUGCGGAUGGCUCCAUACUGAGAUGCGAUGUCUGUCAUCAUGCGGAUGGCUCCAUACUGAGAUGCGAUGUCUGUCAUCAUGCGGAUGGCUCCAUACUGAGAUGCGCUGUCUGUCUUCAUGCGGAUGGCUCCAUACUGAGAUGCGCUGUCUGUCAUCAUGCGGAUGGCUCCAUACUGAGAUGCGCUGUCUGUCAUCAUGCAGAUAGCAGAGUAGGCCGUGGCCUGCAGAGAAGCCAGAUUUAGACAUUGCAUAUAAUUUAAGUUCCAUUUAAAUGUCAGGCUGUUCAUAUAAAUCAUUUAUUAUAAUUUACCGGUUUCCCGCAGUUAUUCAUCCCAGGAAAAGGGAGUGGGUUUGGGCGGGAAAUCUCGGUAACCCGGUUCCCACUAUUCAACCCUAGUCCUACAGCCAGGGAAGCAGACUCCUCUGUUGACAGGGUUUGUUGUGUGUCCAUACAGCAGGGAAGCAGACUCCUCUGUUGACAGGGUUUGUUGUGUGUCCAUACAGCAGGGAAGCAGACUCCUCUGUGUUACCCCAGCACAGUGAGCUCAGCCCGGGCCAUAAUGCUCUUCAACCUGGGCAGUGCCUACUGUCUGAGGAGCGAGUAUGAGAAGGCCCGCAAGUGCCUGCAUCAGGUACGGUACACACUCGUAGACACGUGCCCCCACAUACACACACACAGAGCUACAGUACAUGCGUAUCUCUUGAAACCAUUCAGAUGUGUUAUUGUCCCAAACAUGACUGUUUAGAUGUGUGUAGUAUGUCUGUGUGACCUGUUUACCUCUCUCCCAGGCGGCCUCCAUGGUGAACACGAAGGAGAUUCCUCCUGAAGCCAUCUUACUGGCUGUCUACCUCGAGCUGCAGAACGGUGAGUCAGCUACAUCUCUCUGGGUUCUCAUUCCGAUCUGCAAAGUUGUGAAGUGGGCGCAUCAGGUUUCCCAAUCUUGUAGUUGGUCCUUUCCUCUUCUGACAGUUGUCUUUAUUACUUUGAUAGUCAAGAAGAAUCCAUUGUUCUCUAGCAUAGUAUGGUGGUUUUUCAAGGAAGUGCUGGGGCUGAUGUCAGUCAAACUCUGACAUUCCACUUCUAGAAUUCAGCAGGUAGAAUGCUGAAGGCCACAGGCUGACACAAAGGCAGUGGUGACAGAUUACAGCAGUCAGUCCCCUUCUGUCCAAUGGGUGGAUCAAUGUAGAAGGGUCAGGACUUUAUGACCUUACUAAGAGCUGUGUAUGAUCUCUGUUCCUCUCUCUCCUCCUCGCUCUUUCUCUCUUUGUUCCUCUCUCUCUCUCUCCCCCCCUCACCCCCUCCCCCCCUCACCCCCUCCCCCCCCUCACCUCAGGGAACACACAGCUCGCCCUGCAAAUCAUCAAACGUAACCAGCUCCUCCCCUCAGUGCUCCAGACGCCCUCUCCAGACACACGAAAGAAGCCUGUUCCCUCCUCCUUCCAGCCUGUCCAACCACCCAUCCAGAUGCCCUCACCCUUCACAACAGUCCAGCGCAAAUGA